GACGGGCACGGCCGGGAGCCCCCCGGCCCGCAGCCCACCCCCGGCACACGGGAGGGAGAGCGGGGACCCCGCCGGGCUCCAGGGGGGUUAACGGGGGCCUAAGAAGGGUCUUCCGCGGCUCGAGGACUCGCCCCGCUCACCCCCGGGCCCCGGGGGGAGGCUGCCUUGGAGGUCCUGCCCCCCCGGGAGGGGAUGGGGUCUGGGCUGUGGCACUGGGGGUUCGGUGGGCUGCAGCCCCCCUGCAGGGUCUCAGCACCCCCUGGGUGUGUGCCAGCGCUCGGGCGAAGGCACAGAGGUGCUGCCUGGGCAGAGGCUCCCAGGGCCCUGCCCUGAAUUUCCCUAACGAUGCUGCUGCUUGCAGGGCUGGGAAGUGCCAUAAAUCUGCCCCGACACUGGCCGGCAGCUCUGCUGCCCCAGGGAUUCGUAGCCCUGAACACCAGGCACCUCUACCCCUCACUGCCUACUGCCCUUCUUGUCCCCCCCAAUCCACCCGGGGCCGGGACUGUGGCUGGGUGGUGGGAGAGCCCAUCCUGCCUGUGCUGGGUGUGCUCGGGGCCAUGCAGGGGCUGUGUGGCACUUCUGGCUGGGAGCAGGGUGUCCCUGUGUGCUCCCUGCUGCGCCCCCUGCUCGCAGCCUUCCCCUCGUCCUGCUGCUCCCCCGGUCCUGCUGCUCCCAAGCCACCAGCCCAGGAGGCUGGGAAAGCAUAACCUCAGGGGGUGCCCUGCUGAGCUGGGGCCUCCCCUCGCAGUGCAGCCACUGGCCCUUGGCCCUGCUGCCCCCGGGUGCCCCCCUGCCCAGCUGCUGGGGCCCUGCCAGGCCGCCUCGCUGCUCCCGCUGUUAUUUUUAUGGGAUGUGAUGGAGUCUAUUGCUGGGCACUGCUGGCCGCACAUCCCCUGGUGCCUGGCGAGAGGCCAGGGUGGAGCUGGGAGGGCUGCCCAGGGCCAGCCCUGCCCAUUCCCCCCUGGCCCCUGCCUGCUGCUGUGCAGGCUCAGUGUGGCCCUGGGCUGGCUCCAGCCCUGUUUUGCCUGUUGCUGUUUUGGAUCAGAGCUGGCACUGCCGUAGCACAGCCCCCCAGUCCCUCCGGGCCCCACCAGCCCCCAGGGGCACACGGCUGCUCUGUGGGUGCUGGGCUGACGCUGGAUGUGGUUCCCCCGGCCCAGAAGAGGCUCUGCCCUCAGGCUGGGCUCUCUCUCCCUGCCUGUGGCAGGUUCCCAGGCCCAGCUGAGGGGGCACGGCUGUUCCCUCCAGGCUGGGGCAGCACUGCUGAGGCCGAGUGUUCCUGCUCUCAGACCCCCAUUCACGGCUGGGCUUGGCCCCUCUCUUCUGGCUGUGCCGUGGUCCAUGCAGCUCCCGUGCCCUGGGCCAGAUACAUUCCGGCCUCCAGCCCUGCUUUCCCUUGCUGCUCCCGGAGCCCCUGGUGCUGCCAGCUGGGGCCGGGCCAGGGAGCUGCUGGCAGUUGGCUGUGUUGCUGCAUCCAGCCGUGCUCACCGCCCGAGCUGCUGUCUGAGGACCACGGGGUCGGGCAGGGCUUUGCCUCCUGCAUCCCGGGCCCCAGGCCAGGCUGCCGGCAGGGCCCGGGCACAGCAGGCAGCAGCACGUGCCCACAGCCGUGACCUUGCUGUCCCUCCCUGCCUGUGGAGAGCAGCCCCGCCCUCCCACCGUGGGGAUGCUGUGGGGUGCCCUACUUAGGUUCAGGCCCAAUUCAGAAUCCUCUGGUCGUGGGAGCAACGACCUGGGGGUCAGCUGGGCACCCUGGCUCUGGGCUUGGCCUGGCUGCAGGCUCCAGCCCCACGCAACCAUCUCCCCCUGGGCAAGCACUGGUGCCAAAGUUAUCGUGAGAGACUGGAUCCAGCUGCACCCCAGGCCCGGGCAGAGACAGGUCUGUUCCCCCGGCACAGCUUUGUCACCGCCGGGCACCGUGCCCGGACCGUUCGGCACUGGAUGAGUAACGGCAGUGCCACGGCUGCGUGUUCUCAAUGAGCAUCGUGCCCCUGCACCCAGCUCCUGGGAAUGCUACCUGUGGGAGCAGCCAGCACUCUGGUGUGCUGUGCUGGAAUCCUGCUCCUGCUGCCACCCCCUCCCCUGCACUGCUGCAGCCCGUGGGCUGGCAGGGCUGCCCUGCCAUCAUGGGUGGGAGCAGAGGGCUCUGGGCUGGGGGACAGAGCCCCAAACCCUGGGGCUGGUCCAGGGAGGGGGAUGGAGCCUGUGAGGCGGCAGCAGGAGGUGCUUGGGGCCUCCAUGGGGCUGUAGAGCCCGGGCUUGCCCUGUCUGGGGGCCACAUGGCAUGGUGUUGGGAGAGGGAGCCAGGCCCUGGUCCCCCAUGAGCCGCUCAUGGAGCCCCUGGGAUAGGGCUGGCCCUGAGCUGGCCGUGACAGGGGCUGCUGGGAUGGGGAGUGCUGAGGCUGGUGCUCCCCAGGCCAAGGGCUUGCUGGGCUCAGGGCUUACAAGUUCAGAGCAGAGCAGCAGUGGGGCUGAAGACCUACCUGGGAACUGUCCCAGGAGGAGCGGGGGGAGUGAGCAGGAGCUGCCAGGGCCAGGGGGAGCAGUGCUGGGGCUGGGGGGCAACACCGGGCCAGCCAAGUUGCGUCGAAGGGGUCAGGGGUGUAGAAUGGAGCAGGAGCUGCCAGAGGCCCAGCCAGGCAGCAUCCCACCGGGGACACUGAUCUGGAAACAGGGCCAGGAAGCCGUGCCAGCAGCCGGCCACAGCGAGGGGCUGGGGCAGCCCGGGCAGUGGGGAGCACAUCCUGCGUGUCCUGGCUGCUGGCAGAGCCAGAGAAUGACUCUCCAGAGAGGAAUCACAGUCAGCAGAGCCUGCCCAGUGCACAGGGAGAGAUUUGGGAGAGGCUCAGGAGAGGCCAUGGUGGGGAGCACAGGCAGCAGCCAGGUGGACUGUCCUGAGAGCCCCAGGCACCACAGGCCCUGGGUGACGGGUGUUAAUCAGUCUUUCACAACAGGUCAGCCCCAUGCCCAGGGCACCAGGAGGAGAUGCAGUCAGGCACUCUUUUGGCCAGAGAUACUGCAGCGUCCUGAGAGGCCCGAGGUGCUCAGCAGGGCUCAGUGCAGGCAGUGAGGAGCUGCAGCUGGGAUGGAGCUGGCGGGGCCAGAGCAGGCUCAGGCAUCCCGGGGCAGGGGAGCAGCAGCAGCACUGGGGCAGGGGGCCCAGCCAUGGGCAGGGCAUGCAGGGGUCUUGCCCACCUGAAUGGGCUGUGCUGGUCGCAGGGGCCCUCAUGGGAGCUGGGGAUGUGAUCACACAGCAGCUGGUGGAACGGCGGGGGCUGCGUGGGCACCAUGGCCCCCGCACCCUGAAAAUGAUGGCCAUUGGCUUCUGCUUCGUGGGCCCCGUUGUGGGCAGCUGGUACAGGAUCCUGGAUCGGCUCAUCCCGGGGAACACAAAAGUCGUGGCUGUCAAGAAGAUGGUUCUGGACCAGGGGGGCUUCGCCCCGUGUUUCCUUGGCUGCUUCCUGGCCAUCACGGGGGCCAUGAACGGGCUGUCAGUGCAGGAUAACUGGUCCAAGAUCCAGCAGGACUACACAGACGCCCUGAUGACCAACUACUGUGUGAGUGCUGAUCUGGCCACCCGUGCAGAUUGCAAACUUCUACUUCGUGCCCCUGCAGCACAGGUAGUGUUGUGGCUCUGGCCCCCAGCCCCUGCCCCCCUGAGCCAGCGGCUGUGGACCCUUUCCCCUCUGUCCCCAGGCUGGCUGUUGUCCAGUGCGUUGCCAUCGUCUGGAACUGCUACCUGUCCUGGAAAGCAAAUCGGAUGUGAGGCAGAAGCCGUGUCCCACCCCUGUCCCCAGCCUGUGCGCUGCCUGACCCCGCCACACCUCGGGAGCCCUUCGAGUGGGUGCCUGUGGCUGAGGACAGGCUGAAACAGGCAGAGUGCUGGCAACAGCUGUCCCUCUCUCUCCCUGGGGAGACACCGUCACCACAGCCCCCACUGCCCCAGGGACACACUGGGGAGAAGAUGGUGCCAGGGCACCCUGAGACAGGCCUGGAGUGGCUCUGGCUCCGGCUCCAGCUCUGGCUGUGCGUGUGGCAGCUCUGCCUGCAGUGUGUUUCUCCAUCCAUGCUCAACCCUCUCCUGGCCCCUACCUGCACAGAGUCCUCCUGCCCCAGGCAUCACUCUGCCCUUCCCCGUGGCACAUCCCUGGAGGAAGGAGUGGGAGUGCCACUGGGCCGGGGCUGGCCCUGGGCUGGCAGUACCAUGGGCACAGAGCUGGGGUCACUGCAGGCUGGGGGUGCUUCCCCUGAAAAUGGGGUUUGGUGUGACUCUGCUGUAGACAGUCAGAGCACCAAUAAAUGGCAUUUUUCACUCUCGA